AAAGGAUAUAGGAAGCGACUUGUAUUUGUCCUAAACACUAAAAGAAUCAUGAAAUCCAGUGUUGGGCUUUGUAUUAUAGCUUUCUGCUUCUUAGUUUUCUAUGUUGAGGCUUCACCUAUUCAUCAAGAGAUAGCAAAGAAAGGCAAAGAAAAAAGCCCAAGUGAACGUGGAAACAACAGGCAUGAUAAUGCUGAAAGUGAUGGAAAACAAGAACGCGUGGAACAAAAAAAAGGCUUGAUAACAUUUAAAACUUACAACGGAGCAGAAUCUUCAAAAAGUUAUUCUAUAAUAAGAUGUCGACCACGCAGGGGAUGUUUCAAAAAAAAUAAUCGGUGGCAACAGAAACAGAGCAAGUUCAAGGAAGUUGAAACAAGCAAAGACAAGCAGCCGUUUCAUGGCCUGACGUAUCCUCCAGGACAAAAACAACAAAAGCAGUACCUGUUAUUACUGCAACCACAAACAUCAAUGGCGUUACCAGCCUUGCAGCAGCAACAGCAGCAGCAACAACGACCGCAGCAGGUUAAACAGGGAAAACAGCAUCAAAAUCCAAAAUUGAUACACUCAUCUCAAGUAGCACCKCCACUAACUAAAGGCAGCAAGGAAGUACCCAGGCCACCUCCUAGUCCAUCUCCAAUUAGGCCAACGAAACAACAAGGGCCAGUAAAGUGGCAACGAAAAUCAAAAGGCAUGGAAAGAUAUGGGUAAAAAAAGAAAAUGAACCACUAUCAUAGUACGCGCUCUCUGGGACUGGUCGAAUGUUAUUGUUCAGUAUAACUAUCAUAUUACGCGCUCUCUUAUUGGUCAAAUGUUAUUGUUUAUUUCACCGGUAAAACCACGGAUGCGAAAAUGCUAUAAUAUAAAAG